GCACUCCAAUCCCAACACAGCAACCAGCGCAAAUCAGCACGAUGCGUCGCGAGGGCCGCCAGCACGGGUGGGUGUUUACCGUCGACCCCAGCCUGGUCGACGCGGAGGGCAAGUGCCGGUCCCGCGCGGUGCAGGUGGAGGGCGCGGCGGCGGCCAACGGCGGCUUCGUCAGGGCGUCGAGGAAGCCCACCAACCACUCCAAGCCCGCCGUCGGCCGCGCGUACAAGUCCCUGAUCGGCAAGGGAGAGGCCGGGUCGGGCAAGCAGGGCAGGCACAAGUUCAAGCACGACGAGGUCAAGAUGUACUCCCUCUACCUCGAGGGCGCCCACGACGCCUACGCGGAUGCGAUGCUGGAGUUCGACUCGUAGUCCUGCUGAUGACAUUGGGUGUGUGAAUGAUGAGGUGCUGGAGUUCGACAUGCGCCAUUGCCAGGAGGUGUAGAGAUUCGAUGUACGCUUCUGUGUCUGAAUCCAAAUGUGUUUUGUGAUGUGAGCAGUGAAUAAACAGACUGGUUGUGACGAGAAUGUCGUGAUCCGGAAUGUAUCUCGAACCGGAAUUCGAUCAAUCUUCAUAUCCAAAGUUCAAA